AUGGCAGAUCCUCGAAUUCGUCAAAUAAAGAUUAAAACGGGCGUUGUAAAGAGGAUUGCUAAAGAGAAAGUAGUUUACGAGAAAGAGGCUGAGCAACAAAAGAACAGAAUAGAGAAGUUAAAAGCUGAAGGGCAAGACGAGCAUACCAUAAGAAAACAAGAGGAGGUUUUACAGGAGUCGCUUAUGAUGGUCCCUGACUGCCAGAGAAGACUGGCGAAAGCAUUUGCGGAUCUAAAAAGCACUCUCGAAACAGAACAAGAUCUAAAAGAAAGCGAAGACUACGCAGCCGCUGAGCAAGUAUUAAAAGACGCGGAGUGCCAAUUGUCGACAACAUAA